AUGGACCGAGUGCAUAGUAAGUGUGCACACUUUAAGCACACGGGAAUAGCAGAUGCAGUGGAGAUAGGAAGAGGCGGGUGGAUGUGCAUUCUGCUUGUCUUGCUGGUCGCAAACUACAAAGCCUGGCAGAGCGAGUACACUCGCACUGUCUUCUGGAUGAUCUUCAGAGAUAUCACGGAUUCUGUGGGCCAUUUUUCUGUUCUAUCGCUUGUCUCUGUGAAUGUCCUCAGAUGGAUCCUUAUCAGCUGCAUUUCCAGCCAGAUAAAUUCUACAAUUAUCUACAGCACAAUUUGCGCAGGCAUUGCGCUAGAGGGCGUUAUAUACCUGUACGGCCCCACGGGGUUUAUGGGCGUGGUGUUUAGAUACCUCAGUCUGUCGCAGCUCAUGAAGGGCAUAUCGUAUCUGCUGACAAAGAGAGAAAUAGCAAAUAUUGGGGUGGAUGACCAGAAGAUAAACAAGCCAAAGAAAAAAGCAUCUCUCUUGAGGUUUAUCGCAUAUCCCACGCUGUGCUAUCAGCAGGAGUACCCCGUAUCUGAGUCCAUUUCUGUUUUUAUGCUGGUUAUAUACUCUCUUAUGCUUUUUCCAUUUUCUCUGCUCGCUUACAUAUGUCUGCAGAUCAUGUGCUGCAGUGCGGCAAGCAAAUUUUGGAGCAAUGUGUCUUUUUCGUCGUACGUAGAUGUGUUUAUCUGGAGCAAUGCAGGAUGGUUUUCUGGGUUUAUUUUCGUGUUUGUGGCAGUGUAUGGGCUGCAAAGCGAAGUAACGAAGUUUGGAGACAGAGUGUUCUUUGAGGCGUGGUGGAAUGCAACUAUUUCUGAGUACUGGAGAAAGUGGAACUGCCAGGUGUACAGAUGGAUAAAGAGACACGUGCAUCGGGACCUGAUCAAAAGAAACAUCACAUCGAGAAGCAGCAAAAUAAUAAUAUUCAUGGUGAGCGGGGCAGUGCACGAGUACAUCAUAGGAGACGUAUUGACUCUUAGAGGCAUUGGAUUCCUUACGAUGGUGAUGCAAAUACCGCUCGAGUCUUUCAUUAAGCUGUGCAAUAGGCUAGUUAAGCUUGACCAGCACAUAGCAGCCACCGUUGUAUUCAAUGUAAUUGGUGCGCCCUUGCUUGUUCUUCUAUCUGUUAUGUACAAAAACACAGUGUCUACUGAAUAA